AUGAAUGCCUCCAAAACCAUCAUUCUUUCCCUGGUAAGGACUGAUCACAUCUGUCAAAGGAACCUGAGGUCUGUAGAGGAGGUAUUCUUUCAGACAUGUGACAGGGAACUUGCCAAGGUUAACCACUUCUAUUCAGAGAGGCUGACCGAGGUCCAAGCAAGGCUUACUUCACUGAAGCUAGCAUUAAGGACUCUCCAUGAGAGCCAGAGAGCUAAGCAUGGGUCCAGGACAAAGCUGAGAUGGCUCCUUCAGGUCAUCAGAAUGGACAGUGGGCAACAGACUGAGAGGGAACUAAAAGUGGCUGUAGUCGAGCUGUAUUACAGCAUGCUACUCCUGCGCAGCUACCGGGAACUAAACUAUAUAGGCUUCUGCAAGAUUAUGAGGAAACAUGGCAAGAGAUUCAAUUCACAGCAAGGAGUGAAAUGGAGAAAGGAAAAGCUGGAGACAUCUGAGCUCCACAGUAGUAGAAGAAUAUGCCAGCUCAUCUCAGAGUUGGAGUUGCUAAUGUGCCAGCUGAUGGGUGGCGACAGACAGAAAGCUAUGAAGAAACUUAACAUCCCAACACCAGCAACAGAAGAGGAGUCUGUUCCAGACUGGACCGCUUUUCGGCUGGGUGUGACCUGUGGACUUCUGCUAGCUCUACUGAAUCUCAUUGCCCUGAGAGCAAUACAGAAACCUGACUGGGACCCCGUAAGACCCUUGCUGCGACUCUACAGAGGGGGCUUCCUACUGAUUGAGUUUCUCUUCCUGCUGGGGGUCAACAUCUAUGGCUGGAAAAGAUCGGGAAUCAACUAUGUCCUCAUUUUUGAGCUGAACCGCGAAGACAACUUGUCCUACUACCACAUGUUUGAAGUGGCAGGGUGUUUAGCUGUGUGUUGGUGUCUCAGUGUCCUGGCCUGCUUGCACGCUCCCCUUCCGCCAGUCCCACUGCAGCUGCAGCCCCUCCUUUUCUACUGCCUCCCCAUCUUGUUGCUGCUCAACCCUACGCCCACCCUCCAUCACCGAUUUCGCCGCUGGCUGCUGUCGCUGCUGGGCCGGGUGCUCACGGCCCCCUUUCAUCCGGUGGGGUUUGCAGACUUUUGGCUAGCUGACCAGCUGAACAGUCUGAGCGCACUGUUCCUCGACAUGUGGGGUCUCAUCUGCUUCUAUGGAUGUGAGGUCAGCUGGAGGGACCUGCCCAGCAUGGAUGCUCCUCCUGCAGGGAGGCUGGAUUGCGAAGAGCUGUUCAGGAGCAUGAGCUGCCUGAUACAGUGCUUCCCACCCUGGCUACGGUUCGCCCAGUGCAUUCGCAACUUCUGGGACAGUGGGGACACCAGGCCACAUCUCCUCAAUGCUGGCAAAUACUCCACGGUCUUCAUGACCGUCACCUUUGCCGGUCUCUUCAGCAUGAACACAGAGGACCCCACACAGGCUGUGGGAAUGAAGCUGUACCUGUACCUGUGGGCUGCUGCCACAUGCCUCAGCGUGUUGGUAACCAUUACCUGGGACUUGUGGAUGGACUGGGGGCUCCUCCAGGGUCCUGAGCUGCUGAGAAAGGAGGUGGUGUACUCACAACAGGCAUUUUACUAUGGCGCCAUGCUAGCCGAUGUGUUGCUCAGAGUUGCCUGGGGAAUUAACAUCAUCCUGAUCCAAAUAAGGAACUCUGACUUAGCCACUGUCACUGGGGUCCUGGCUCCGCUGGAGGUUGUUCGAAGAUUCAUCUGGAACUUCUUUCGACUAGAGAACGAGCACCUCAAUAACUGUCGCCAGUUCCGGGCAUUCCGAGACAUUCCAAUGACCCCAGUAGCCCUGAAUGGACACUCUGUCCUGGAAAGGGUCAUGGACCAGGAAGACACUGCCAAGGCUCACUGGAAAGAAAAUGUUGAAAAAAGCAAAGCCUGAUCUCUCCUUUGAGCAGAUGAGAACAGCAACUGAGAAGACAAAAUUUUCAACGGGAGGGAUGGAAGAGUCUACUCUGACAUGAUGAGGCAUGGAAUGAUGGGGGGAAAAAAAAAAAUUAUACACACAGAUGAUGCUGUACUAUGGCCAAUGAGCCUUUUAUACAAAGGAGAAAGUCAGAUUGUAUGGGAUGAUUCUGGAAAGAACUAAAAAAGAUGUUAGAGUACAUA